CCUUUUGAAGUCCCCUUUUAAUGAAGACAGUUUGAUAAGACAGUCAAGAGCAGUCGAGUCUGUGCCUUGAUAACGUUGAUGUCUAUAAUAAACGUGUACAUUUUUGUUCUGACUUUCAGUCUAAGCAGGGAAAGUUUUUUUUCUCCAAAAACUCAAGUGCGUAACUAAAUUGUCCCGCCAAGGCAAGCAUCUUGGAGCACAAAUAUGAGGAUUCUUUCGAGUCGAGUAUUUUUUGUAAUUUUGGUUCUGUUUAUCGGCGAUUGCUGUGGCUCUCAGGUCAAAUUUGGUCGUUUCGAUAAGUGGGUUAAGACGGGCUUUCAGUACCUGAAGUUGAACCUUUGCCGCAGGGUCUCCUCCAUGUCCGAGGGAGAGUGCAAGCGGCUGUCUCACCUCCAGCUCAGCGGGGUGGCAGUGUACGUCUCGGAGCCAAACUCUGAGAAAGUUGUUGCUAUUCUUCCAGAUUCAUAUUCCACAGGGAUGACGCCAUCGAAACAAAGCGGCUAUGGCAUAACUUCAGUUUUGGAGGACAGCAGGCGUAAUCAGGAUUUUUUCCCUGGAUCGACUGCGCAUGAUGCGGUGCUGGUUAUAGAUCCAAGUCCGGGAGAGAGUUUUGGGCAUCCCGUAGUCCUUUUCUAUGUUGACUUAAACACCACCAAGAAAAAGUGUGCGCAUAUGGAAGGCAUUUAUUUAGGUGAGGAGUGCCUCACCCUGGCUCUGAAGAGCCGCUGUCAGAACCAGCUGAAGCGCCGGCAGACCGCCAGCGACAGGCUGAUGGGGAACGUACGGACCCACCGCACCAGCCUACCUCAGCCAGGCCGGGUGGAGCGCAGCGCGGGGCUCUGUGAGGUCCACUUCCUGCCUCUGGUGGUGGGGGUGAGAGACGCCAACCGCACCCAGAGGCUGCGCUGCGUAGACCACCCAGACUUUGCCCACUGUCCCCAGCCUCUGCUGCUCACCAGCCCCAACCUGCCAGUGUCCAGCUGUGAGCUCAAUAAGAACACCCGUCGCUGCCACCAGCAGCCCCUGGCAACUCACCUUUCCUGCCGCCUGUAUCAGACUUGCGACCACGCGGUGCUGCUAUCAGGUGGCUGGCAGGAGCAGAUCACAUACCAGCGCCAUGCCCAAAACCUGCAGUUGUUCUACAGGAUGCUGAGGGCCAACGGCUUCCACAAGGACCACAUCAAGACCUUCUUCGCUGGGAACGGACAGCUAGCAGUGGAGGAGGCUGAGGGGGCGUAUCCCGCCACGGAGAAGGGGGUGAUGAGGAACCACAUCUCCUACAUCUGUCGUAAGCAGCACUGCGCUGACACCCUGGUCCUCUACCUCAACAGCCCCACCCGCAACGACGGCACCAUGCUGCUCUGGGACGGCAACUACAAUGGCAUCGCAGACCUGAAGGAGCGUUACUCUGUGGGGGAGCUGCUGGCUGACCUGGCAGGCUGCAAGGCCAGCAGGGUGCUGCUCUUCGUGGAGCAGAGCUACAGUGGAGUCCUCAGUAAGAGGCUGCGGGGGUCCCUGAAGCAUCUCAAUGUGGUCCUUCUCAACAGCCUGCCCAGGGAAGACAUGGCCAAGUACUGGGCCUCCCUUCACCCGGCUCAGUGCGUCAUAGACCACCUCAACAAGGGGAUUGGAAUGCCUCUCAUUCCGGAUUCGACAGCCAGCCUACUAAACGUGACCUUAGCAGGGGCUCCAUGCAAUGCCACCCCCCCCCUGACAGAGGCUGAGAUGAGGAGAGAGUACAUGGGCUGUCAGAACCUGCCCACCGCCCUCUGGUACCAGAACCGCCGGGGGAGACCCCUGGAUAGGAAGAACUAAGAUCUUAAACACACACGCACACACUCACGCAGACAGAAACACCCACACAUGACACACACUAACACGAAAACAACGAACUGCAUACCACACGUGCUCUGGCACAGAACAAACAACUGUAGAUGCCUCUGUUGACUUUUUGUGAGUUGGUUAAAAAAGUUGGUUUACUGUAUAUCCCAGUCUGUCUCUUCAUUCUACCAACCCCAACAAGAUACGAGUAAAGUGUUCAAUUCCUUGCAUUGCCCCAGUCAUAAACCCAACACUCAUACAGUAGAUGUACACAGCCCCAAAGUGUUUUUAGAUAGGAGAGGGUGGGUGUGUUGACGUAAGACCAAAACGUGUGAGUGUGUGUUAGAUGUCCUCACUGUGACCUCCUGCGUUGCCACUGGAACGUCGGUGACUGUGACAGUCGUCCUGAGGGGGGUGUCCGUUAGCGCUCCGGUAGGAACGCGGGGUUCAUCUGGGGGACACGGGCGCUCGGCGGACCGCCGCUCUGCUGGGGUCAGUACUCACGCUGACAACGCCACUCCGCCCCACACCUCACGGCCACUUGAACAUUUCAGGACAAAUCUCUAGUCUCCUCCUUGAACGGCCGUCGGCUUAGCCAGCUAACGCAGCGCGGCCCUAGGCCUAUGGUUUAAUGAUGAGGCACUGAGUACUGUCCUCUCAGCUACACUGGUGUCUCUGACACGCUCUCAGACAGGCCUCCUCACCACAGCCCUGGCACCGGAGCAGUCAGUCAGACCAGAGGCCAGAGGUUCCACUCCAGUGCUGACAGAUACACCUUCAGCACACACACACACACACACACACACACACACACACACACACACACACACACACACACACACACACACACACACACACACACACACACGUGUUCCAUCACUUAAGAAGCUCUGGCCUUCCUUAUUGCCGAUGUGAGAUGCAUUCCAACGCCCU